AUGGAGAAGCCCAAGGAGCACGUCGAUGCCGCAGACGAGUCGGCAGAGGAGGACGCCAGCAACAACAGCGCUUCAGCAGAGGAGACCACUCCCCUUCGCAAGAAGAAGACCCGCAAGGGCAAGAAGGCCCUCCAGAAGUCCAGCGGCUCAAGCAGUGCCCUCAAGGGCGUCGACUACCAGCGGCAACAACAGCAGCAGCAACAACAGCAGAUGCAGCAACAACAACAGCAGCAGCCCCAAGAACAAGGCGGCGGCGGCAAGAGUGACACUCUGAAGCUGCGUCUGGACCUGAAUCUGGAAAUUGAGAUCCAGCUCAAGGCGAGGAUCCACGGUGACCUCGAACUCGCUCUCCUGCCCCUGAUUUCGAGCGCUCAUCUCUUCGAAAUCAAGAGACGUGUAAAAGUAAAUCACUCUCCCCUCAUCCUCACGACACACUUUGGCCAAUCAUUCUCUUACGUGAACCCUUUUCCACAGCACUGGAUGAAGCAAUAA